GUUAUUUCUUCUUUGUCCCUCCGAAACCCACAUCCCACUUGCCCUCGCCCUAAAGGUAAUUCCAGUGAUUCUACCCAGUGGUCUCUCCUUGGCUAGAACAACUUCGGGGGGUGAGGGCGCAGAACCAGAAGAUGAGAGGAGAUCGUGCUGCAAUGGCAGCCGGGGUGCAGAUGAUUCCUCUAUUUUCGCCCAUUUGCGACCGAGACAUUUGGAAGUGUUACCCGACACAUUCCUGACUUGGACCGCAACAGGGUGCUUUGAUUUGAGACAGCGGAGAUCAUGCUGACUGCUUGUGUUUCUGUAUUAGGACCAGGGCCUCAGCCGUUACGAGGCAUGUCCGGAUUCCCCGCGCCACAGCAAGCACAAGCUCGAAAUGCGACAUUGGCUACAGCACGAUUGCCUAACGGGAAAAUCGGUGGCGCAGCUAAUUGGAACUUCAAUCUUCCCGGAGCAUCAACUCUUCAAAGCAAUCAGCAACGCACCAUGGGUACUAUGGGCAGCUUUGCACAAAGUCUGGGCGGUUCGCAACCAACGACAGCACUAGAUCUCUCCGAGUUCCCUUCUCUUUCUGGCGCAUCGCAGCAAUCACAAUCCCAGAACCCUGUGUGGGCCAAUGCGAGUCAACGAGCGGCGCAACAUACCCCCGUCCAGAGACAACAGCAUCCUCCGACGUCGCAACCCCCUUCACGAGCUUCUCAGACCCAACAGCUUCCCGUACAGCAACCGUCCCAGCCUCCCCACGAUGAUAUGUUCCCUUCCGGUGCUCAAUUUGCGAACCGAUUGGACGAUUUCAGGAACGGAGGACAAGGAAUCAGCAGCCAGAUCGGGGCUGGAAGUCAGCCUCAAACAGGCAACAUCGACGAAUUUCCACCUCUAGGGCGCAAUGUGGGCAAUGUUGGCAAUGUAGCUGCUGAGCUGGCUCAGGAACGUCGGACUUCCUUGAUGCAAGGUGCGGGCUUUGGCACUUACAAUUCCGGUAUUGGCACAUCACGGUCGCCAGUCAAUCAAGGGCCUAAUGGGGCGUUGGGGCAGGAGAAAGAAGACUUAAACAACACCCUCAUGUCAGGUCAGCGCAAUUUUAGCGACCCGCAACAGCAAUUGCAACAGCGGCAACAGCAGGCAAAUGAGGGCCAAGAAGCUUCCGCGGCUGCUCAAAGUGCGGAGCAACCGCCUCUGGCCCAGAUGAGUGAGCUGGACCGGUUCGGGCUCAGCGGGCUCCUGCGUAUGAUCCAUAGCGAAAGCCCCGACGUGGCCAGUCUCGCUGUCGGACAGGACUUGAUGACACUCGGUUUGGACUUGAAUCAGCCCGAGCCUCUUCACACUUCGUUCGCGUCGCCCUUCGUGUCCUCUAUGUCUGCCGUUCCUUUAGAACAGGACUUCUCUCUCCCGUCAUGUUACAAUGUCGCCAACAUCCAACCUCUUUCGUCAAGAAUUCCUGGGUUCAGCGAUGAGACUCUAUUCUACAUCUUCUACAGCAUGCCGCGAGACAUCAUGCAGGAGUUGGUUGCGGAAGAGUUGAUGGGACGCAAAUGGCGGUACCACAAGCUCGAGCGAUGCUGGUUGACCCGUGACGAGACGUAUCCAGGCCCUGUUGACGUGGAACGUGGCGUGAGCGAGCGUGGAGUGUAUCUUCUGUGGGACCAUGCUAGCUGGAAGAAGAUUCGGCGCGAGUUUAUCCUUCGAUACGAAGAUUUGGAUAACCGACUGGACGCCAACCGUACUAUGAGCCGCGCUGCAGUCGGCCAGACCCAUGCUUCAUAAGUUGAGGAUGGCGAAAGUGGGCAACGGUAUAGGGUGACAGUCAUUUAGUUGACCGGCAACGGCGUUUGGAAAUUUUGGUUUUCUGUCGCGUUGCUCAAAUGGGAGGCCAACCGUACAGUGUAGUUCGGGAAGUGGGCGCGUUGAAUUUAUUGGGGAAUUUACAUGGGCUCUAUGGGGGACCAAGAUACAAUUUUGCAAAUCAUGUGCUCUGGAUAACCUUGCCAGUAUUCUUGCAUUCAUCUCAUUUGUCUUCGGCGUAGGCUAUUAUCGGUCCAAUCUCAAUAGUACAGUGAGGCAAACGUUCAAGUAAUCUAACCAAUCAUACAUGGAAAUGUGAAACGGAAGAUGCAUGGGCCAUCAAGGAAAGCGAUUUGAUAUGUUGAUUUUCCAAGAGAAGAAGGCAAGCAAUUCGAGUUGGUCCGUUUCUCCGAUCCU